AUGGGCAGCUGGGACUGGGCGAAGGCGGGCCCGAAAGAUCCCGGCAGCGGUGCCAGCAUGGCUGAGCAGGACCCAGCCUCAGGCUCCUUGCAUGGAAAGAAGCAGCUGCCAGCUUUCACCUGGGAGGUGAGGGCCAACGACCGAAACUACCACGUGCAAUUCAGGAAGAAAUUGGCUUUCUGUCUGACCAAAAAGAAGUAUGCGGGCAAUGCCAUUAGGACGGCUAAGUACAACAUCUUCACCUUCCUGCCACUGAACCUCUAUGAGCAGUUCCACCGAACGGCCAACGUCUACUUUGUCUUCGUCAUCCUCUUACAGACCUUUCCUGAGAUCUCCACAGUGCCCUGGUACACUCUGCUGUUCCCCCUGAGCUGCCUCCUCACCAUCCGGGGCCUACGAGACCUCAUCGAUGACAUUGGUCGUCACCAAAGUGACAGAAACAUCAACAGCAGGCCAUGUGAAAUCCUGUCUGGGAAGAGCUUCCGCCGGCAGAAAUGGCGUGACAUCUGUGUUGGGGACAUCGUCCGCCUGCGUAAGGAGGAUUUCGUCCCGGCCGACAUGCUCUUGUUGUGCAGCUCGGAGCCCAGCAGCCUGUGCUACGUGGAGACUGCGGAGAUCGAUGGGGAAACAAACCUGAAGUUCAGACAAGCCCUCCUGGCCACCCACCAGGAGCUGGUGAGCGAGGAGAGCAUGGCCGCCUUUGAUGGAUUUGAUUCCAAAAUUAUGAAGAACUGUGGAAAGAUCAAGCGGAAGAAAACCAAGCUGGAGCGCAUGAUGGACCGGCUGGUGAUCAUAAUCUUCCUGGUGCUGUUGGUCACCUCGCUCUGCCUCGCUGUUGCCUCUGGGUUCUGGGCCAGGAUGUUCCAGGAGAAGCACAGCUACCUCUCUGCUCUCUACAAGCACACAACUCCCGCCCAGCAGGCCUUCUUCAACUUCUGGGGCUUCACAAUCCUCCUGAGCAUCAUCAUACCCAUGUCCAUGUACAUAACGUUUGAAUUCAUCUAUCUGGUGAACAGCUUUUUUAUCAACUGGGAUCUGGAAAUGUAUUACGCUGUCAAGGACAUUCCAGCAAAGGCCAGGAGCACCAGCCUCAAUGAUCAGCUUGGCCAGAUUGAGUAUAUCUUCUCAGACAAGACUGGCACCUUGACACAAAAUGUUAUGAGCUUCAAGAAAUGCUGCAUUAACGGGACCAUCUAUGGUGCAGGCAGAGGCCGUGAGAACAAGAAGCCAUCGGGGUCGGCGUUGACCUGGAGCCAUCGUGGGGAGAAGAAGUUGGACUUUUGUGACGCGACGCUGCUGGAAGCUGCCUGGCGGGACAGCGACCCCGUGCUGAGGGAGUUCCUGAGGCUGCUGGCCCUCUGCCACACUGUCAUGGUGGAGGAGAAGGGCGAUCAGCUGGUUUAUCAGGCAGCUUCACCAGAUGAAGAAGCACUGGUGCUGGCAGCCCGGAACUUGGGGUACGUCUUUCUGGCCCGAACACAAGACACCAUCACCAUCAGUGAGCUGGGGGUGAAGAGGACAUACAAAGUGCUGGCCAUGUUGGACUUCAACAGCGAUCGCAAGAGGAUGUCUGUCCUGGUGCGAGACCCCCAGGGCACGAUCCGGCUCUACACCAAGGGGGCUGACACAGUCAUCCUGGAGAGACUGCAGAGACGAGGGCCCAAUGAGACCUUCACCGAGAUGGCACUGGAUCGCUUUGCAGAGGAGACACUGAGGACUUUAUGCCUGGCCAGCAAGGAGGUGAGCGAGGUCGAGUACAGCGUGUGGAGCAGGAGGCACCAGGAGGCCAGCGUCCUGCUGCAGGACCGCGUGCGGGAGCUGGACAAGCUGUAUGAGGAGAUGGAGCAGAACCUGCAGCUGCUUGGGGCCACGGCCAUUGAGGACAAGUUGCAAGACGGAGUCCCUGAGACCAUCCAGCUGCUGAAACUGGGCAACAUUAAAGUGUGGGUGCUAACGGGAGACAAGCAAGAGACCGCAAUGAACAUUGGCUACGCGUGCAAGCUGCUCACGGAUGACAUGGAGAUCCUGGAGGAGAAAGAGAUCAGCGAGAUCCUCAAGGCUUACUGGGUGAGCAACAACAACCUCAGCAGCAGCGAGGAAGCCCUGUGCAGUGGCCACCUCUCCCAGCAGUGCCCAGAGGCUUCGUGCCACAAGAAGAGAGCUCUGAUCAUCAGUGGGGACUUCCUGGACAAAAUCCUCCACACGGGAGAGGUGCUGAAGGAGAAGGGACGGCUGUGGCGGUGGCUGGCUUGUUGCAAGGCUACAGGCUCGCAGGACCGGGACAGUCUGGUGGAGAAGGCCUUUGUGGACUUGGCCACCAGCUGCCAGGCAGUGAUCUGCUGCAGGGUGACCCCCAAGCAGAAAGCCCUCAUCGUGCAGCUGGUGAAGAAGCACAAGAAGGCCAUCACGCUGGCCAUCGGGGAUGGCGCCAACGAUGUCAACAUGAUCAAAACCGCCGACAUCGGGGUGGGCAUCAGCGGGCUGGAGGGCAUGCAAGCCGUGCAGUGCAGCGACUACGCCCUGGCGCAGUUCUCCUACCUCCAGCGCCUCCUGCUCGUCCACGGCCGCUGGGCCUACCUCCGCAUCUGCAAGUUCCUCCGCUACUUCUUCUACAAGACCUUUGCCGGCCUCCUGGCUCAGGUCUGGUUUGCUUUCCACAGCGGAUUCACGGCUCAGCCUCUCUACGAGGGCUGGUUCCUUGCACUCUACAACAUUUUCUACACCGCCUACCCCGUGCUGUCCGUGGGCCUUCUGGAGCAGGAUGUGAGUGCCAAGAAGAGCCUGGAGUUCCCUGAGCUCUACGUGAUCGGGCAGCAAGAUGAGCUCUUCAACUACCGUGUUUUUGGUGUCACCGUCCUGCACGGGGUCAGCACCUCCCUCGCCAGCUUCUACAUUGCGCUCUGGGCCUUUGAGGACCACAUUGGUAGCAAGGCUGUCGGUGACUACGAGUCCUUUGCUGUCACAGUAGCCACGUCGUCGCUGCUGUCGGUCCUGGUGGAGAUCAUCCUGGACACCAAGUUCUGGACGGCAUUGUCCUUCCUGAUGGUCACAGCCAGCCUGCUGCUCUUCUGUCUCUUCUCCUUCCUGACACAAAGCAUCGACGCCUUCAGGAUAGCCCCUGCCAUCUUCUGCUUCCCAGAUGCCAGCCUGAAUGCCCUGACUGACCCCUACGUCCUGCUCGUGGUCCUGCUGUCCCUGGUGGUGAACACCAUCCCCUCUCUCACCAUCCACUUGUACCGCACCAUCGUGGGCAAAGCCACCACCCAGCAGCAUGUGUCAGUGGAGGGUGUCCCUGCGCAUCACAGCCCUGAUCUCCCCAUCUCCUUGCAGAAGAUCCGCCUGAAGGCCAAGCAGCAGCCGGAGCCCUCGGUGGAGCUGCGUGCCCACGUCCCUCGCGGCUCCUUCCACCGCCACUCCAGCUACGCCUUCUCCCACCAGGAAGGCUACGCCGGCCUCAUCACCCGCGGGGACAGCUUGCGUGCUGGGGCCACCCGCAGCACCACCCCAGGUCUCCUGCAGCCAGAGACGACCCCAGCUUUGUCCUCCCUCCCCCUGACCCCAGCUUUGUCCUCCCUCCCCAACGCCUCUGCAUAG